AUAACCAUGCGUUUUUUUAAUUUUUCAAGAAAAGAUUACAUAAUAUUUUUGUUUGUUACUUUUAAUUCAUUCUAUUCUCGUUAAUAAUUUCUGAAUUAGUUAUAAAUUUAACUAUCACUUUAAGUUUUAUAUAAACUUGUUUAUUUUAUUUUCAAUAUAAUGAUUGAUCAACGUGCUUUAAUUAUUAGUCUCCAUGAAAUAAAAGCUCUAAAAUUUGGAACAUUUCAAUUAAAGUCUGGUGAAUUGUCUAAAUUUUAUUUAGAUUUAAGAGUUGUUGUUUCCUACCCUAAAAUUUUGCGGCAAAUAUGUUCACUUGUAUCAGCCUCAAUUCAAAGUGAUACUAAUGUAAAAAAACCUUUACAUUUAUGUGGUGUCCCUUAUACAGCUUUACCAAUUGCUACGGUAGUAUCAAUAGAUACUAAUUUACCCAUGUUAAUUCGAAGAAAAGAACAAAAAACAUAUGGCACUAAAAAAUUAAUCGAUGGAGAAUACUUAUGUGGUGAUAAUGUUAUUGUAAUUGAAGAUGUAAUAACUACUGGUGAAAGUAUUAUGGAAACAGUUAAAGAUUUGCAAUAUAGCAAUUUGAAUGUUGAGUAUGUUAUAGUAAUAGUAGACAGACAACAAGGAGGAUUACAGCGUUUAUCCAAAAAAGGAUUGAAAGUUUUAUGUCUUUUUAAUAUUACACAAAUAGUUACCAUUUUAAAAGAAGAAGGAAAAUUAAGUGAUCUAGAAUAUCAAGAUGUUGUAGACUAUGUUAAAGAUCAUCAAAUAGAUAUUAUUGACUAUGAUAAUAAAUUAAGGACAAAAACAUCAUUCCAAAGACGAGCAGAAUUAUUAGAAACAUCAAAAAUGACUCAAAAAGUUUUCAAACUUAUGGUAGAAAAAAAAACAAAUUUAUGUGUUGCCGCUGAUGUUGAAACUGCUGAGGAACUUUUAAUAAUAACAGAACAAGUAGCUCCACAUAUUUGUAUUCUAAAAGUUCACAUUGAUGCUAUUAAUGGGGUUACUGAAUCUACUAUUAAACAACUACAACAAUUGGCAAAACAGUAUAAUUUCUUAAUAAUGGAAGAUAGAAAAAUGGCAGAUAUUGGCAACACAGUAAAAUUGCAAUAUAAAAAAAUAAUUUCAUGGGCUGAUUUAGUUACAGUUCAUAGUAUUUCAGGUGGAAUUAUGCUAAAAGGCAUUCAAGAAGUCAUACAACAUGAAAGUCAGUUAAAUAAUAGAGGUGUGUUUAUUAUUGCUGAACUUAGUUGUGAAGGCAAUUUAAUAACUCAACAAUAUACUAAAGAAACUGUUAAGAUAGCAGAAAACUAUAGAGAUAUUGUUGUAGGCUUAGUCUGUCAAACUAAUAAUGUUAUAUCCAUGCCAAAUAUUUUACAACUUACUCCUGGGGUUAACAUUAAAACCUCAAGUGAUCAUCUUGGACAAAAAUAUCAAAUACCAAGUGAUGUCAUCUUAAUUAAAGGAGCUGACGUUGCAGUUGUCGGUAGAGGUAUUUAUGAAGCUACAAAUCCAGCUGAAACUGCUAAGAUGUAUAGAGAACAACUUUGGAAUACAUAUUUGGAACGCAUUUCAAUUUAAAAUGUUUAAACAAUGCAAAAAUCUAUGUUACUAAUUAAAAUAUGUUAUUGGUCCAUCCUCAUUCCAUAAAUUAAUAUUUGUUAACAAUCAGUAUCAUUGGUUGUAUUUUUUACGUAUAUUUUAAUGUUAUAAAAAUAUUUUGUGAUAGUAUUGUAACCAAUUUUUUACAUAAUCGUCAGAAAUUACAUCUAUACUUAAAUUUAAUAAUAAUUAUUAAAAACAUUAUUUUUUAAUCUUUAAAUAUCAUUACACACCAAAUUUUUUUAAGACACAACUCACCUCUUUAAAAAAUAGAUCACUGUUAGCAUCAACAUUAUAUGCUAAUAUACUCCCAAUAGUUCCUACCACAAGUAUAUCUUUUUCUUCAUUUGGUAUAACCUUACCAGCUAAUAUUGAAGUUAUCUUUUGAUUUAUGUUUAAAUAUGAUAUGUCUUUUUCUGGUUUAUGAGGACUGUGUAUUAAUAUCUAUUAAAAAAAUAUAUUAUCACAAUGAUUUAAAAUUUUACAAUUGUAA